AUGGAUCCCUAUAAGUUCCGCCCGUCGAGCGCGUUCAACUCUCCGUACUGGACCACCAAUUAUGGGGCCCCCGUCUACAACAAUAACCAAUCCCUAAAAGUUGGUCCUCGCGGCCCCGUACUUCUGGAGGACUACCACCUUAUCGAGAAGCUUGCCCAGUUCGACAGGGAAAGGAUCCCAGAGCGCGUUGUCCACGCUCGGGGUGCGAGUGCCAAGGGCUUCUUCGAGGUCACGCACGAUAUUUCCCACCUCACGUCCGCGGACUUCCUGCGCGCGCCAGGCGUCCAGACGCCCCUGAUUGUCCGCUUCUCCACCGUCAUCCACGAGCGCGGCUCUCCGGAGACUCUCCGCGACCCUCGCGGCUUCGCUAUCAAGUUUUACACGCGCGAAGGCAACUUCGACAUGGUCGGGAAUAACAUCCCUGUCUUCUUCAUCCGUGAUGGCAUCAAGUUCCCUGAUGUCAUCCACGCGCUCAAGCCGAACCCGAAGACGCACAUCCAGGAGGGCUGGCGCAUUGCCGACCUGUUCUCUCACAUCCCUGAGAGCUGCCACAUGUUCACCUGGCUGUUCGACGACUGGGGUAUUCCUUCGGACUACCGCCACAUGGAGGGCUUCGGAGUCCACACCUUCAAGCUGAUUAACAAGGCGGGCAAGGAGACGUACGUCAAGUUCCACUGGAAGCCGACGUGCGGCGUGAAGUUCCUGGUCGAGGAGGAGGCGGUGAUUGUGGGAGGCAGCAACCACAGCCACGCCACGCAGGACCUGCAGGACGCCAUUUCUGCAGGCGAUUACCCCGAGUGGAAGCUUUUCAUCCAGACCAUGGACCCUGCUGACGAGGACAAGUUCGAGUUCGAUCCUCUUGAUGACACGAAGAUCUGGCCUGAGAACCUGUUCCCUCUUCAGCCUGUGGGUCGCAUGGUGCUGAACCGCAACAUUGACAACUUCUUUGCCGAGAACGAGCAGCUGGCGUUCUGCCCGGGCCUCAUCGUCCCCGGCAUCUAUUACACGGACGACACCAUGUUCCAGACGAGGGUCUUCUCCUACUCGGACACGCAGAGGCACCGCCUGGGCCCCAACUACCUCAUGCUGCCCGUGAACGCGCCCAAGUGCGCGUUUCACAACAACCACCACGAGGGCUACAUGAACUUCAUGCACCGUGACGAGGAGGUGAACUACUUCCCAUCCCGCUUUGACCCGUCUCGCCAUGCUGCUCAAACUCCAGUUCCCAAGGGCGUGCUGACCGGACGCAGGGAGAAGAGGGUGAUUGAGAAGGAGAACAACUUCCAGCAGGCUGGCGAGAGGUUCCGCUCCUUGCCCGCUGACAGGCAAGAGCGAUUCAUCAACCGCUUUGCUGAAUUGUUGACUGACCCAAGGACAACUCCCGAGGUCCGCAGCAUCUGGCUCUCCUACUGGUCGCAGUGCGACCAAGGCCUUGCCCAGCGCAUGUCUCAGAAGCUGACAUCCAAGGCAGCCAUGUGA